AUGGGUUGGAUGCUCUCCACCUGGGUGGCCGUGGCCCUGCUGGUUCUCUGCAGGGGACAAAAUAUUGAACAUGAAGGAAAAAGCCUUUCUGCAUCUGGCUACCAUCUAUGUAUUCACAAUGAGACGAGCAUUGUGAGCUUCGUCGCGUUGCAUAAAGUCCCCUAUACUGUGACAAAGCCUUGUGGUGGCUGGCUCCUGUGGAAGACAUGCACAGUCACACUCUACAAGAUGACCUAUCAGUCUGAGUACAAGACAGUGAUGAAACAGGUGACCAGGUGCUGCGAGGGAUACGUACAGGUCGGCCGUUACUGUGCCCUGCCUGUAAACAGGACUGGGGAGUUCACUGCCAAGCCAGGAUCCUGUCCAAAUGCAGAUGGAUUGUAUCCCAGAUCUGAGGUCUGUGACUGGGACAUAGACUGCCCAGGUUGGCAAAAAUGCUGCCAGAGAUCGGGGUGCUUUGUCUGCAGUGAUCCUGCAAGCUCAGCUAAUUAUUCUGAGAAUGGAGGAUACCGCUUCAAUGUGACAGUGACAGUGAAGACAGAUUACCACCAACUAACGUCCAAGGAAAGAGGUCUUCUGAAUCACACAAGAUUACUGCAAGCAAUGGUGACUGGAGCUCUGCAGUCUGAUAUGUCAGUCUAUUACCUCAGCUCAUGGCCUGUGCAUCCAUAUAGAACAGCUACUGCACUGCUGGUCGCCUGCAACUUUACUCUUUCACUGUACAAUGUCACAUCAAGGCUGCAUCUUCUCCUCAAACACAUACAGGAGGUGUCAUCUGUAACCGUGAAAGAUGUAGAUGAGUGUGCACACCCUGCUCUCCGUCAGUGCUCCCUUCAGGCAGAAUGUAACAACACAGUGGGCUCCUACCGGUGCGCCUGCCGUGGAGGAUACGUUGAUGUUGAUCCCGGCAACCCUGGAGCUCAUUGCACAGCUGACAUCACUGCAUGGACCCCCCUGCCGUGCUUCCCUCCAACCAUGAACAUGAACUACACUCCAGCUUCCACCACAACACAGGACCCUCCAGGGAGCAGCACUGUGGGUCCCUUCAACUCCACUGACAUCAACAUGACUACUACAGCUCUGAGUAAUACAAGCUCUGUCCCUUAUAAUUCAUCACAUGCUCCUCACUGGACGAGUUCUGCACCUUAUACCAGCAUGAGCUCAACUGUCGAGUCACCUCUGCCAACAACCGCAUGCUCUCCUCCCAACAUCUCCAGUUUAGAGUCGGCCAAUAUCACUGGGACUUCCUUCUGCAUAACCUGGUCCAGCCAGUUUCAAACAAACCAGACCUAUCGAGUGGUUCUAAGCAACAGGUCAGAGGUCAAUGUUUGGGAGACCGGUGACACAAUGAUGGAAAUGAGAGGACUGCUGCCUGGAGAGCUCUACAAUGUCACUGUCACACCUCAUUCCUGCGGAAGCCAAGGACACACCCUUCAUAUAUUAGUCAGAACUGAUGCUCAGACUCUUGACGCCACCGCUCGAAUUACCCAAAUCCAGUUCACUGCUGACCUGCAGACCACCAGCAGCCAGGCCUACAAAAACCUCUCUGCGAGCAUUGUAGCUGAGAUCUACCGAUCUCUAUCUCCAGAGAUGAAGGACAUGGUGGAUUCCAGCCAGGUGAGAAUCGAGAUCAGAGGCUUUUCUCCAGGCAGUGUGGUGGUCACCUUCAGAAUUAUCUUCCCCCCUGAUCAAAGCCAAGACAUCAAAAAUGUGUCCAAUGCUCUGCUGAACUCCCUGAUGAACAGCUCCAAAUACACUGUGGAUGAAAACAACACAAGCAUAAAUGAUUUUGAUGAAUGUGCUUCAGGGGAAAAUGACUGUUCCCAGUGGGCGAAAUGUACAAACAUCUGGGCUUCCUACACGUGUAAUUGCAUGGACGGAUUUAAAGACAACAACUCACAAAGGCCUGGACGAGCCUGUCAAGGUAAUGCCUCACAAUCUGCCACCGCUUCUACCCCAACCAAAACCACAACUACUACAACCACCACUACUACCUCAACAACAACCACAACUCCUGCAAUACCAACCAUGACUUUUAGCCCUACAACCACCAUCACUAACCCCACUACCACUGCUAUGGCUAAAACUAAUGCUACUGCCCUUAGAACUGUCAUCAAUGCCUAUACAGGGGCUAUCUCAGUCCAGUGCAGGAUUGCUGCCAUCACUGUGACAGUUGCCAAGGACUUUUUAAUGAGCAGCAGUAUAAGGGAGAGCGCCCUGUACCUGGGCAAGGAGGAAUGCGGUAUCAACAACAGCAAUGCCACCCAUGCCCAGCUGACCGUAGCGUGGGAUGAGUGUGACACUACGCUUGUGCAUAAUGACACCUACUACACAGCAUCUGUAACCCUGAUCAACAACAUGGACCCAUACAUCUUACCCAAUGGAACAGUGGAGGUACCCAGAAUACGCCUGGAGGUUCCCAUCAUGUGCACCUACAUGAGGAGCAUGCUCAUGUCUGCUGACUUCGGCUCCAUGGGGUAUGCCAUGAUCAAAGAUGUCAUCACAGGCUCGGGGUCAUUCCAGGUGACCGUGCAGCUGAUGAACGGUACAGUGCCUCUACCCCACAACUACAGCUUGUCUCCAGACGAGGCCCUGGUGCUGGAGGUCAGCCUCAACACCUCCUCACCGCAGAUUAAAGUAGUCAUCAACAUGUGCUGGGCCACCCCGACCCCAAACCCUGCAGACACCAAUCGUGACAUCUUCCUGAACAACAGAUGCUCCCUAAACACAUACACUCAGGUGCUGAUGAAUGGGAACUCCAGCACAUCCCGCGUGUCUGUACAGAUAUUCUCCAUCGUCAAACUUAAUAUGAUCUAUUUGCACUGCCAGGUGCAGGUCUGUGUGCAGAUUGGAUCUGCUACCUGUGUUCCUGACUGUGUACAAAGAACAUCUCGAUUUUCAAACACAAUUGGAACCGCUGUCGGUUCUACUGGGCCAAUACUCAGGUCUGAGAAUGAGUCCUUUGAUGAGGAAUUAAACUCUCUGCAGCUAGUUGGAUUGUCCUGUCUUGGAGUGGGCCUGUCACUCUUCUUCAUCAUUGGUUUCGUCUGCCUUUUCUACUACCAGAGGAAUCGCAUUGGACACUACAACUUCAGCGUCAAACCCAAGGAGGAGAACUUCACCUACCUUGUGUUUAACACUUAG